GUGUCCUCGCCAGGCGGGAGGAGGAGCCUUUUUCAACGCCUUCCGGGCGACGCCGGAAGUGGUUUAAGGACACAUGCGCCCUGUUUCAGCGAGCAAGUGUGCAGGCUUCACCUUCCUCCGCCGCCUGCCCGCCGCGGCGCGCCCCGCAGAGCGAAAAUGAGUCUGUUCGGAACAACUUCUGGUUUUGGAACUGGUGGGACCAGCAUGUUUGGCAGCACAACCACAGAUAACCAUAAUCCUAUGAAGGAUAUUGAAGUGACAUCUUCUCCUGAUGACAGCAUCGGGUGUCUAUCAUUUAGCCCCCCAACCUUGCCGGGGAACUUUCUUGUUGCCGGAUCGUGGGCUAAUGAUGUUCGCUGCUGGGAAGUUCAGGACAAUGGGCAGACCAUUCCAAAAGCCCAGCAAAUGCACACUGGCCCCGUGCUUGACAUCUGCUGGAGUGAUGAUGGAAGCAAAGUAUUUACAGCAUCGUGUGACAAAACUGCCAAAAUGUGGGACCUCAACAGUAACCAAGCAAUCCAGAUAGCACAGCAUGAUGCACCUGUUAAAACCAUACAUUGGAUCAAAGCUCCAAACUACAGCUGUGUGAUGACCGGAAGCUGGGAUAAGACUCUGAAGUUUUGGGAUUCUCGGUCAUCAAACCCUAUGAUGGUCUUGCAGCUCCCGGAGAGGUGUUACUGUGCUGACGUGAUAUAUCCAAUGGCUGUAGUGGCAACAGCAGAGAGGGGCCUAAUCGUCUACCAGCUAGAAAAUCAGCCUUCGGAGUUCAGGAGGAUAGAGUCCCCGCUGAAGCACCAGCAUCGCUGUGUGGCUAUUUUUAAAGACAAACAGAACAAGCCGACUGGCUUCGCCCUGGGGAGCAUUGAGGGGAGAGUUGCUAUUCACUACAUCAACCCCCCAAACCCUGCCAAAGAUAAUUUCACCUUUAAAUGUCACCGAUCCAAUGGGACUAACACUUCAGCUCCCCAGGACAUCUACGCGGUAAACGGAAUCGCAUUCCACCCUGUUCAUGGCACCCUCGCAACCGUGGGCUCUGAUGGUCGGUUCAGCUUCUGGGACAAAGAUGCCCGAACAAAACUGAAGACUUCAGAACAGUUGGACCAGCCGAUAUCUGCGUGCUGCUUCAACCACAACGGCAACAUAUUCGCCUACGCGUCCAGCUACGACUGGUCCAAGGGACAUGAAUUUUAUAAUCCUCAGAAGAAAAAUUACAUUUUCCUGCGUAAUGCAGCCGAAGAACUAAAGCCCAGGAAUAAGAAGUAGCGGCCUGACUGGUGGGGUGUCGAGUGUACGACCACCCACGCUGCCUCAUCUCUAAGACUUUAGGCCCCAGCCGUCGGUGGCUCCAGCCAUGCACGGGAGGAAACGCUGUUGUCAUUGUUCAGCUGUUCAGUCCUUGGCCACUAGCCAGCUCCAUUCUGCUACCUGCUGCAGUUUUCCUGUGCCCUAAGGAAACCGAAAUUUCUACAGAAGUUGAUUCUGGCGGGCAGUGCCAGGUAUUGGCAGUGCCUUUGCUGGCAGUUUAUGUACUGGAGAGCAUUGGAAAACUGUCUGUGGGCCCUGACUGUAUUUUGUAAUAAAGUAUUUUGAAGACUGCCUAGUGGCUCCUCUGUUCUCUCCCGGUGCCCUGCCCCAUAGUCUCGGAAAUGGUCGUCCUGCUCAACUUUGGCUUUUGAAUUCAGACUUCAGACCCCUUUGGGGAUUGCAGAAAUCUUGCACCCUACGUAUGAAGGAAUCCUGAGUUGUGAUUUCUUCUGCCACAUGAGAUGUCUUGGCCCCUCCACGCUUUGGCAGGCAGAGCUUGAAGUGUUUUUCUUUUGCUUCCUGCUUCCCAGCCCUGCUGGCUGAUUUCCUAGUCCCUGAUAUGAGGACUGUUCCUCUCGCUGAGUGACAGGCCUUUUGCGGGCUCCCUCGCAGGCCCAGGCAGGUGAUAAUUACAUAGCCUUCACAUUAAGAACCCAGGCCUCCUGCAUGGGACUUGCUCUUGAACCCUAACCCCCAGAGUGGUCAUUUGGGAUGUUUCUUUUACUUCAUGUAAGUUAAAAUUCCUGGCCAUUGAGUAUCCAAGAUGAAACUCAACUUAGUGUUUGAAAUUUGGGUCUGUUGUAAUUUUACCCUCUGGUCCCAAAUGCUUCAUAUGCCUUAUUGUUUGGGGCUGGUUUGUAAAUUCCUAAUUUGGUGAAUGUGAAAAUCUGCUAUCAGUAAUAUUGUAAGCUAUGUUUGCCUACUCAUAAAAAAUGAUGAAAAUAAAAUCUGCUAGCUGACACUA